ACGACGCAACCCUCGCUGCACCACCAUGUCUGCCGCACGCCUGCUGCCUCGCCUGGCACGGCCAUGCACCCUCGGCCUGCGCGCCCCCGCCGCCCGCGUGGCACUGGCCCGCGCCAUGCCGCGCGCCGCCCUCGCACAUGCCUCGCUGCCGCGCCGCAGCGAGCAGCUGCGCCUCUACUCGGACCACCACCGCGAGCCGGAGUACGUGGCCUCCAAGGUCUCGCCCGAGGAGUACCACGCCGCGGCGGACCGCGCACUCGACGCGCUCACCGACUACCUCGAGCUGCUCACCGAGGAGCACCCGGGCGCCAACAUGGAGCGCGAGGCCGAGUACUCGUCUGGCGUGCUGAACCUGCGGCUAGGCGACGCCGGCACAUAUGUCAUCAACAAGCAGCCGCCGAACCAGCAGAUCUGGCUCAGCAGUCCCACCAGCGGCCCAAAACGCUUCGACUACGACGGCACCCACGGCAUCUGGUUCUGGAGCAAGGAGGGCCAGGUGACGACGCUCAAGGAGCUGCUCGACACGGAGCUGAGCGAGGUGUUCGCCACGACUGUCGAGGUGGACCUGGAGGGCGAGGACUGAGGCAAUGGAGACACCCGUGGCAGCAGCGCAGCGUGACGGAUUGGAGUUGCGCAAGAGGCCGGGCAGGAGACGCCGCAGAGCGGGCAGGUGCAGCAGGCCCGAGGUACAGCAAGGGUAGAGGCUACAGAUGUGACGGGAGAGAGCAGCGGCGCGCAAGCCUGCGCGCCCGCGAUGGGGAUAAUGAGAGAGUGCG